AGGUAAGUGAAGUCAGAAAGAUCAACGAGCGUUAUUUCAACUUUUUGAACGUGUUUAAUGCGGAAUUCCUACUAAAUGUAUUCAGAAAACAACAAGAGACUGUGGCAUAGACGAAGGACGACGGAAUUUGCCAGUCGAAAUUAAAUUUGUGUUUUUUGUGUGUUUUGCAGGUAUGAAAUCGCUUUGCCGAAGACUGAACCGUCGAGGACUUUGAACAACUCUACUCAAAAUCAUAUUUUUUUCUUCAAGUAAUGGACAUUUGAUUUCUAUUUUUGCCUCCAGUUUGUUCCUGAAGGAAAGGCUAGCUUUUAGCUACCACAGCCCCACCCAUAAGAAGUCUUUCAGUUGAUAUUAAAACCAUGAAGGUUGACGACAUAAACUUUAUGAAAUAAGAGAUAUAAGUGCAUGAAAGGCACACAAUAAUAUACCCGAGACGCUGAGGAUCUAUAGUGUCAAUAACAUGGCGGUGGACCCCAGGGAGAUCUUGAAGGGUGUGGAGGCUCUGCUGGGGAAGGAUGGAGAGCUGCGCAGCCUGGAGGGAGUCCCAAAGGUGUUCAGCCUGAUGAAAGCUUCCACCAAGAUGGUCAGUAGAUGUAUGUACCUGAACAUCCUGCUGCAGACGAAAUCCCACGACGUUCUGAACAGGUUCAUCAGAGUCGGUGGCUACAGGCUGCUCAACUCCUGGCUCACCUACUCCAAGACGACCAACAACACGCCUCUGCUGCAGCUCAUCCUGCUCACGCUGCAGAAGCUGCCUCUCAAAGUGGACCACCUCAAACAGAACAACACGGCCAAGCUGGUGAAGCAGCUGAGCAAGAGCGCAGACACCGAAGAACUGAGGAAGUUGGCGUCUGUGCUGGUCGACGGCUGGAUGGCCACCAUCCGCUCCCAGAGUGUGUCGGCCAGUGGAAACUCUCCUGCAGAUAAGAAGAAGAAGAAGGAGGAGAACAAGCUGCCGCUGCGGGAUGUGAAGGAGAAGAUCGUAGAGGAGGAGAAGAAGAAGGAGAAACCAAAAGCUCACGCUCCGAGUCACGCCAAGAUCCGCUCCAUAGGACUGGAGAUGGACGCUCCCAACCCGGCGCCCGCCAAGAAGGCGCCCACCGCCCCACAGCUGGGAGACAAGUACAACAUCAAGCCUCCGGUCCUCAAGAGACCCAGCUCGGGUCCGUCAGACGCUCCACCUCUGGAGAAAAAAUACAAACCCCUGAACACCCCCUCCAACUCUGCCAAAGAGAUCAAAGUCAAGAUCAUUCCCGCCCAACCGAUGGAGUGCACCGGGUUCCUAGAUGCUCUGAACUCCGCUCCGGUCCCCGGCAUCAAGAUCAAGAAGAAGAAGCCCAGCGGCAGUUCUCCAGCAAACGCCAAGGCUGUGUCCCCCACGUCCAAUAAGGCCAGUCCGUUUGACGGCAAACCCUCUGCGUAUUCUUCGUCCUCUGCGAAACCAUCAUCUCCAGAAACCGCCGCCUCCACCACGCCCACCGAUGAAAACCAGGAGCCGGAGCAGCCCGGGACCCCCGUGCCCUCCGAGGACCCCGAGGCCCCCGACAGCGGUGAGAAACCGAACGCUCUGGCAGAACCACGAGGAGAAGAAGAAAGCCUGACCAAGAAAGGCAAGAAGAAGAAGACGGUUCACUGGGCUGAGGAGGAGCAGCUCAAACACUACUUCUACUUUGAUCUGGACGAGACGGAGCGAGUCAACGUCAACAAGAUCAAGGACUUUGGUGAAGCCGCCAAACGGGAGCUGAUGAUGGACAGGCAGACCUUUGAGAUGGCCCGACGGCUCUCCCACGACACCAUGGAAGAGAGGGUUCCCUGGACCCCCCCGAGGCCCCUGACUCUGGCCGGCAGCCUGGUCGUCCCCGGGGCCAACAGCACAGAGAAGCUGACCCAGAGGGACCGAGAGAUGGGAAUCCUGCAGGAGAUCUUCCUCAGCAAAGAGAGUGUUCCUGACAGUCCACAUGAACCAGACCCAGAGCCGUAUGAACCCAUGCCGCCUCGUCUCAUCCCUCUGGACGAGGACUCCUCCAUGAUGGACGAUGGUUACGUGGAGCCGAUGGACACCUCCUCCCAGCCGGGCGCUGCCAUGGCGCAGACGGAGAGCUCCAAGCUGCCGCCGGUCCUCGCCAACCUCAUGGUCAACUUGAGCAACACCUCGCGCAGCCCGCAAGCCACCAACACCGUCAACAACCCGGUGCCCCCCUCCGUCAACGUGCAGGAGCUGCUCUCCUCCAUCAUGGGCGCGUCCGGGAACCAGUCCACCGAGGACCUGAUCAAGCAGCCCGACUUCUCUGACAAGAUCAAACAGCUGCUGGGCUCCCUGCAGCAGACCCAGAACCAGAACCAGGGUGGACCCCCACCAGUCAACCAGGGUUUACUGGGCCACGGUCCGGGCAUGAACAACAUGAACAACAUGAACAACAUGAACAUGCACAUGCAGAUGCCCAUGAACGGCGGCUACCCCCCCAACAACCCGCCGGGCGGUCCCCGCUUCAACCACCCCCCGCCCCCUCACAACCACGGGCCCCCGUUCAACGCCGGCGGAGGGCCACGCAUGAUGGGGCCGCCGCCGGGCCAGGGCCGGGGAGACAACGGCAGCUACUGGGGAGACGACUCCAUGAGAGGAGGGCCCCACAGGGGGGGCCACUUCCACCGAGGAGGCCGGGGCCGAGGAGGAGGAGGAGAGCCGGGCUUCAGGGGCCGAGGACGAGGAGGGCCCCGAGGAGGACACAACAACAUGAACGACAUGUCCAAGAGGCCGGUGUGUCGUCACUUCAUGAUGAAGGGAAGCUGCAGGUACGAGAGCAACUGUGCGUUCUACCACCCCGGUGUCAACGGCCCCCCGCUGCCCCCCAACCACCCCGCCAACAACCAGCACAACCAGCACAACCAGCACAACCAGCACCCGCAGCACGGACACUAGACGACCUGCUGCCAACACGGGAACAACUGUGUGACCUGCUGACCUCUGGAAGAGCCGUUCUCUGAUCAAACCACUGCAGGAAGUCGUGUCUGAGCGUCAGUCGACAGGUGACCUCACCUGAGAGAACAAAACACAGAGACAGUGACGUGAGACGAUCACUGAAGGGACUGUGUUUUUAUUCUGAUCAUUUUUAAUCGUGAGACUGAAACUAGCCACCACACGUGACCACUGUGUUGCUGCAGCUCGCUGCCUCUCUGCUCCGUCACUGUCCAUGAACAUGGUCGACCCUCCUCCUCCUCCUCCUCCUCCUCCUCCUCCUGCUGCUCUUCCUCCUCCUCCUCCUCCUCCUCCUCCUCCU